AUGGUCGCCCAAUCUCUCAGCCCUUUCCUGGAGGGCACCUCCGGUAGAAAUACCAGAGUUCUUCUUCGCAUCAUCAUUCUGUGUACAAUUGCCGGAGCAGCCGUUGCCAGUCGCUUGUUCAGUGUGAUACGAUUCGAGAGUAUAAUACACGAAUUCGACCCCUGGUUCAACUUCCGGGCUACAAAAUAUCUAGUACAAAAUGGCUUCUAUAGCUUCUGGGAUUGGUUCGAUGACCGCACAUGGCAUCCUCUCGGACGUGUGACCGGUGGAACUUUGUACCCCGGCUUGAUGGUAACAAGCGGAGUUAUCUAUCAUGCCUUGCGUCUGCUGUCCAUGCCUGUGGAUAUCCGAAAUAUCUGCGUCCUACUCGCCCCCGGGUUCUCAGGGUUGACCGCGGUAGCUACAUACUUGAUAACAUCGGAGAUGAGCACUUCACCAUCCGCCGGGCUCUUAGCAGCAAUAUUCAUGGGUAUUACUCCAGGAUACAUAUCAAGAUCAGUAGCUGGAAGUUACGACAAUGAAGCCAUUGCCAUUUUCUUGCUAGUAUUUACCUUCUUUCUCUGGAUCAAAUCAGUAAAGAAUGGCUCUGCAAUGUGGGGAGCUCUCACUGCCCUGUUCUAUGGCUAUAUGGUGUCUGCAUGGGGAGGCUACGUAUUCAUUACGAAUUUGCUACCACUGCACGCCUUUGUGCUUAUCUGCAUGGGUCGAUAUAGCCCGAGACUCUACGUCAGCUAUAGUUCUUGGUAUGCUCUGGGAACUUUAGCAAGCAUGCAGAUUCCCUUUGUGGGAUUCCUUCCAAUCAGAAGCAGUGAACAUAUGUCGGCACUCGGCGUAUUUGGUUUGAUACAGCUCGUGGCAUUUGUGGACUUCGUCCGCCAGCAAAUUCCUAGCAGACAAUUCCAAACACUUCUUCGGGGCCUCAUGCUUCUAGUCUUUGUCAUCUCUUUAGGAGCCUUGGUGCUUUUGACGGUCAGUGGAGUUAUCGCACCUUGGAGCGGUCGCUUCUAUUCGCUUUGGGAUACAGGCUAUGCAAAGAUACACAUACCAAUCAUUGCUUCGGUCUCGGAGCAUCAGCCAACGGCGUGGCCUGCAUUCUUUUUCGACCUAAAUUUGCUUAUCUGGCUGUUCCCAGCUGGCGUCUACAUGUGCUUCCAACAGCUCAAGGACGAACAUGUGUUUGUCGUAAUAUACGCCGUACUCUCCAGCUAUUUUGCUGGGGUUAUGGUCCGCUUGAUGUUGACCUUGACACCAGUGGUUGUCAUUGCGGCUGCCCUGGCGCUCUCAAGUGUCCUCGAUACAUAUCUCGUCGCCGAAAACCCUUCUCCACCGGUCAAACAGAACGGCAAUGCCAACGGAGAUGCUACUCAAAAUACCAGCUCGAGCAUCAAAGAUUCGCUACGGUCAACGAGAAAUCCAGUCGUGGGAAUUUACUCCUAUCUUUCAAAGUCAUCAAUCGUUGCCACGAUAACCGUCUAUCUACUCAUGUUCGUCCUCCAUUGCACAUGGGUGACGUCUAAUGCGUACUCGUCGCCUUCUGUAGUCUUGGCGAGUAGGCUGCCGGACGGUAGCCAGCACAUUAUCGAUGACUACAGAGAAGCCUAUUAUUGGCUUCGCCAGAAUACACCUCCAAAGGCAAAAAUCAUGUCGUGGUGGGAUUACGGUUAUCAAAUUGGAGGUAUGGCCGAUCGCCCAACACUAGUCGACAACAACACCUGGAACAAUACCCACAUUGCGACGGUUGGUAAGGCUAUGGCUUCAAGCGAAGAAGUCAGCUACCCAAUAUUGAGGCAGCACGACGUGGACUAUGUUCUCAUCGUCUUCGGUGGUCUUCUUGGUUAUUCAGGUGAUGAUAUCAACAAGUUUUUGUGGAUGGUCAGGAUAUCCGAGGGUAUUUGGCCCGACGAAGUCAGUGAAAGGAGUUAUUUCACCGCUCGGGGCGAGUAUCGAGUGGACGACGAGGCGACACCAACGAUGCGUAAUAGCCUGAUGUACAAAAUGUCUUACUACAACUACAAUAGUCUAUUUCCAGCUGGGCAGGCGCAAGACAGAGUCCGAGGAUCCAAGCUCCCUGCAGAAGGGCCUCAGCUGAGUACACUUGAGGAAGCCUUCACGAGUGAAAACUGGAUUAUCAGGAUCUAUAAGGUAAAGGAUCUUGAUAACGUCGGACGAGAUCACGCCAACGCUGUUGCAUUCGAGAAGGGCAACAGGAAGCGAAAAUCGACUAAGCGAAGAGGGCCCAGAGUCUUGCGAACUGAAUAA